CCAGUCCAGCAAUUCCACUCCCCCACCACCGCCAUCCUCCCCCCCGCCGCCUCCACCCGCCGGCGUCCACCUCCAUCUCCUCCUCCAUCACCGCCACCGCCGCCAUCCAUACGGGCUCUCCCGCUCGGCUCGGCUACUCCACCACCGGCAACGCUCCCCGUGCCGCAUCCAUCCCCCCCCCUCCAAGCUUCCAGUCGCAGGAGAGAAGGCGGCCGCCGGAGUAGGCACACGCAACAAGCAGCUUCCAGUAGGUUUCCCUCACCGGCGGCGGCGGCGGCGGAGGCGGCGAGAAGCCGGCCAUGGCGACGAAGCAGCAGGACGCUUCGACGUCCGGCGCGGCCAUGUCCAUGAAGGAGUACCUCAAGAGGUACCAAUCCGACGACGCGCAGGGCAAGGCCAAGAAGAAGAAGAAGAAGAAGCCCAAGCCCGCGGCCGCCGUGGGCGGAGGUGUGCUUAUCGUCGACGAGGACCCCACGUGGCACAAGCCCGUCCAGAUCGAGGAGGAGCCCGCGUCGUCCGGGGAUGAGAGACCGUUGGUGGACGAGGACAUCGAGGUCAAGCGGAUGCGCCGCCUGGAGGCGAUUCGCGCGGCGCGGCCGUACAAUGCUAUCGCUGAGGACGGAAGCGGGUGGGUCACCGUGGCCGCCCCCGAGGACUCCGAUGGUGGUUUAACCGGUCGCCGCCGCAGAAAUGACACGCCCUCACCGGAGCGCGGGGGUGCUGGAAGGAAGGAUCUGUCUCCUCCGCGGCGGAGGCAGCGGCAGGAUACGCCCUCGCCGGACCCGAGAGAUGCUGCGGGUAAGGAUCUGUCGCCGCCGAGGCAGAGGCGAAGGCGGCAAGACACGCCGUCACCAAAGGGUAGUGAGGUAGCUGGGGGGCAUGAUGAUUUGUCACCACCGCGGAAGUCUAGGCAGCAACGAGACCCCUCUCCUCCACGCAGGCUCUCUCGCCAUGACUCCAAGGAAUCCCAGGACAUUUCACCACCACGAAGGCGUACCAGGCAUGACUCAGAGGAGCCACAGGACCUCUCUCCACCACGCCGGAAGGGGCGGCAUGAUUCUGAAGAACCCAAAGACCUCUUGCCACCAUGGAGGCGCGUGAGGCAUGAUUCUGAGGAACCCAAAGACCUCUCGCCACCACGGAGGCGCACGAGACAUGAUUCAGAAGAGCCCGAAGACCUCUCUCCCCCACGCAGACGGACGCGGCACGACUCUCAUGAACCCAAGGACAAAUUGCCACCACUGAAAAGGCAGGCUUUGGGUGAUGGGGACAUUUCACCUCCAAGGAAGGGUAGGAAGGAAGUGGCUCCGAAGGAGGUGAGGAAAGCUGGGUUGAUGACAGCAGAGGAAGUUAAAGAGGACAUCAGGAAGAUUAAGGAGGAUGAGAGGCUCAAGUUUGCUGCACAGGAUCCCUCAGUGAUUGGGAAAGGGGCAAAAGCAGUAUUCCGAGAUAAACAAGGAAAACGAAUAAGUGAAGAAGAUAUGAGGAAGGCAAAGGAAGACACGAAACCAAAGGAAAUACAUAUAGAAUGGGGUAAAGGGUUGGUGCAGAAGCGAGAAGCUGAGGCUAGAUUACAGGAGCUUGAAUCUGAAAAGAGUAAGCCAUUUGCACGGACAAGGGAUGAUCCUGAGCUCGACACCAUGCUAAAAAACAGAAUCCGGUGGGGUGAUCCUAUGGCUCAUCUUGUCAAGAGGAAUGAUACAGACCUCCUUCUGGAGGACUUGGGAGAUGAUGAAAAGAUGAAAGAAUCUGGCUUCAUUGUUCCCCAAAAUAUACCUAGUCACAGCUGGCUGAAGCGUGGUGUAGAUCCUCCUCCAAACCGCUACGGCAUAAAGCCUGGUCGUCAUUGGGACGGAGUGGAUCGCAGCAAUGGAUUUGAGAAGGAUAUGUUUAAGCUGAAGAACGAGAAGCAAGCAACGGAGCAAGAGGCCUACCUUUGGUCUGUCGCAGAUAUGUGAGCAUAGCUGUUCUUCAAAGAAGCCAAGGUAGCUUGUGUGCCUUGUUAAACGAAGUAGUAUACUGUAAAAUGCUUGGAAGGAAGGAAGCACGGCCUCUCGGCGUAGCACAGCGUGCUUGAAAACUCAAAUGUAGAAUCAAACUUGUUGUGCAUUGGUUGAAAUCUUUUUGGCAUUUUUCUCUUUGCCACUCUUAAAAACAUUUUGUAACAUCGAUGAACAUCUUUACUCGGAAUUAGAAGCUGAUCUUUUAUAGAAAAAAUAGUUCUGAAAUAUGUUUCUAGUCAUGUUUAAUUACAGAGAUACAGUUUUCAUUAACCUGAUUGUGGAUGGCCUGCAUUCUUCUGGUCAGCUUUUGCAGUCAAGCAGACGGCAAAUACACAAAUUUGGCAAAGACAAUGUGGAAAAUGUUGAAGCAUAUUUGUAACCACCACAAUGACUUCUCUGGAUGCAAACAAAGCCAAACAAUCUGUAAAGAACAGCAAUUGAAGGUAAUUAAACCGUUUGUGUUAGAAA